AUGGCCGAGUUUCCAGACCAUGCUCGACUGUGGCUUUCUUCUGAUACUUUCUUCAACGACGUCGUCCCGUCUGAGUCUAACCUCCUCCAGAGUCGUUUUUCCUCCAUGGACGACCUCGCUCAUAGGCUUGCCGCUCUCACUUUGCUCAAACAACGUCGCGGUCUAGGCCUUCAGCGGUUCAGACCGCCGGUUCCGACCGGUUAUCUUGAUUCUCAGUACUGCCGGAGUUAUCUCUGCGGCUUCUGCAACGGGAGUGGAGCUCACCUUUCCGGGACUGAGCUCUCUCACCACUACCCGUUCCCGAACCCGGUUCCUCCUCAGGUUGGUGAUGGUAGCUUUCUGGAAGCUAGAGCUAGGGGUUUGAGUAUGCAUCAUAACCAAGCCCAAAUCGGAAACCAAAACCGCCUUUUCCAGUUUCAGGGAAAUGGGAUUGCCCCAAUGGGUGUUUUUGAGAGGGUUUCCGGUGGUACCGGUGUUUUCAUUCCCAGGGUUUCCGCUUCCACCAUAACCACCAUGAGUCCUGAGGUCAAGAAGAAACCUGGUGAGUAG